UCAUAUUAAAGAAAGCCCCAUCAGCCUCCCUGCCGUUUACUUGUCCGCCAUUUUUGUCUCAGCGAGAGAGAGAGAGAGAUGGGAAACUGUCAGACGAACGAUGCGGCGGCGGUGGUGAUACAACACACAGACGGUCACGCCGAGCGGCUGUAUUGGCCGACGACCGCCGACGCAGGCAUGAGAAACCACCCCGACCACUACGUCGCCCAUAUCACCCUCUCCAGAGAUGGCCGGAAACCAUCCGCCGCCGUCGCAGCCGCAAGUUCCUCCGUUCGGCUCACUAAAAUUCGCCUCCUCAAGCACAAGGAGAUGCUUCUCAUUGGCGAAGUAUACCGCCUAAUGACCUCCGAAGAGGUGACGAAGGAGUUGAGGGCGAGGAAGCAGGAGAGAGUAAGGCAAGCACAGAAUGUUCAGGUCAAGCAGCAACAGGAAGAAAUCCAGCAGCAUCUACUUCAGCUGCUUCAGCUGCAUAAUCAAAGAGCACAGGACAGAACAAGUAUUAAAGAUUCUACGGAUUCUAGUGAAUCUGGUUCUCAAAUGAUUGAUCAGGCAGCGAAGAAGCUGAGAAACUCCAGGACUUGGCGGCCAUCUCUUGACAGCAUCUCAGAGAUCCUAAGCUGAUGAGAUUUUUACUGUUGAUUGCAGAGGGAAGGAGAUGAGUCCUACUUCUGAAUCAGAUGACAAAGAAGAUGUUCUUAGGUUUCCUGACAAGUUCUGAAAUUUAGAUUUUUGAUGGUUUUAUUUCGGAAGGGGAUGAUUAAAAACUCUGUAAUACAUCAAUCAGAGGUUGGUAGCCAGUCAAGAAUUGCUUUAAUUAGUCAGGAAUACAGCCUUUGAUGCAUUUCUGAUAGCAAUCUGUCUGACAAUCAAUCUGAAACCUUUUUUGUCUUUUGUUUAAGAUAAGUUUGGUGUAAUGUUAAAUAUAAAAUUUCAGUUCUGAGUUUUGAAAAAAGUUAUAACAUUUUAGUGUCGCAUACAAGAAACUCACAGCAUAACUGAGAAACAAUUUUUUGUAUGUGGAAAUUCAGAAAGAAAAGUUAUGAACUUUAUCUCAAUUAAAAGAAGAUUAUAAUGGUUUUUCUUUUUCCAUUUAUGAGGCCUGAGGUCUAUGAGCUGUCUUCUGUAUUGAUGGUGC